GCCUGUCAUUUCGUCGCCAUUGUCGCAAGUUGAUGAUAGAUUUUGCCACAUGGUUCCCUGAGCGCGCCUGCAGGCUACACAAAGCUCUCUACUUGGACAAGAUGAGACACUCGCAUAGACCCAGAACAGAGCAGUAAACGAAUUAAAGCCAACAGAGUUUGUCCGCAACAAGUAAUGUGUGAAGUCCAUAAUUUACGCUGAUGUAGAAGAAUAAUGACGCGCUCUAGGGACUUCAAUUUGAACUUGGAUCGGCUCAAACUUCUCAGCGUCGUCGAGCUGCGCGACCUGCUUGAGGAUGAAGAGAGAAUCCAGCAUAUCAUAAAGACUAGCCUUAAGUGCCAGGUUGUCGAGCAGCACAAACGGAUAUUGCGUGCAUCAAACCAAAGGUUGGCAGAGGUCAACUUAUCCUUCCAGCCGUAUCUCAGCUUUGGGAAACUACGACUGGUUGAGAGCUACCUGGAGCUUAGCAGAGUGAGAGCUGACAUCAGACAAAAGCAGAAGAAAAUGGAAAAACUGCAGACAUGGAAGCCAAGCUCAAUUCAGACACUUCUCCGAAAAAAAGCUGGUCAAGCACGAGAGCAGUCAGAGAAACUCCAGAAAAGAUUCAUGGGUGAAAGGAUGACGCUGGAGAGGUUUGUGGAGUCUUAUCAGUUCAUCCGCAAGCUCUACCACAUCCGGAUGGUGAAGAACGAGAAAAUGAAGGACUUCUUGUCUGACCGUCUAGUGAGCAACGAAGGAAAGCCCCCUGUGCAUUGCUGCUGUCUCUGGCGCCACACGGAGGUGACAUGCAACUUUUGUGGUCAUGUUGGUUCAGGCGUGACUUCACCUGAUGUCCACCGACACCUCAGCCCAUGCCUUGUCAAAAUGCCAUACCUUCCACCGCUGGACUGCCAUGUUUACCAUUCGAACUCCUUAGAGAGGCCCACUGCACCUGUAGACCUGACACAUCCAUUGGCUGGAGCGAGGGUUUGUGGGCAGCCGUUUAGGUGGCCAGCGAGACCAGUGCGCUUGCAGAGAUUGCAACCACAGCCAAGGGAUUACAAGAGGCCCCCCAAAUAAUAAAUCAAGAAGAUACUGUUACAGUUAAGCUAGAAUGCAACAAUGAUUUGAUGCCGAGAGGACAUUUUUGUGAACUCACUUGCAUGUUUCAGUAAUGUGCGACACACACUACUGAAACAUGCAGGUGAGUUCACAAAAAU